CCAAUGCCCUUUUUUAUGAGGCUGGAAUGGGUGGAGAUCAUCGAGCCCCGCACCCGGGAGCGCAUGUACGCCAACCUGAUCACCGGGGAGUGCGUCUGGGACCCCCCGGCCGGGGUGCGGAUCAAGCGCACCAACGAGAACCAGUGGUGGGAGCUCUUCGACCCCAACACCUCCCGCUUCUACUACUACAAUGCCACCACCCAGAGGACCGUGUGGCACCGGCCCCAGAACUGCGACAUCAUCCCCUUGGCCAAGCUGCAAACCCUGAAGCAAAACACGGAGUCGCCCAGAGCGUCCACGGAAAACAGCCCCGGGAGGAGCAGCAAUGUCAGCAGGGAAGGAAGCACCAGCUCCUCCCUGGAGCAGGAGCUGGAGGGCAGUGAGAAGGUGCAGGAGCAGAGGACGAGCUGCCAGGCCACCCAGUACGCAGUGGUGAAAGAGGAGACGGAGAGCUCGUCGCCCUCCGGAGUGUUUGAGAAGGACUAUGACAUUUACCGGGACUACAGCGCAGAAGGACAACUCCUCCACUACAGGACGUCGUCGCUGCGCUGGAACGCCGGCACCAAGGAGCGGAUGCUGAUCAAGGUGACGGACCGGGAGCCCAGCUUCCUGCUCCACCAGGGCAACGGCUUCGCCACGGAGAACCCGCCGGGCUCCCGCUCCCGCCGGCCCUCGGGGGGACAGCAGUCCCCCAACCUCCAGACCUUCACCUCCGACUCCGACGGCUCCGUUUUCUUCCCGGAGAGGAAACCGUCGCCCUUCCUGAAGAGGGCCGAGCACGUGGGCAGCUGCUCCCCGCUGCUGGGCCGGGGGGACUCCUUCUGCUCCCCUCUCCAAGCCCAGCACCGCAAACCCUCCAGCGACUCCCAACCUUCCUCCCCCCGCUACGCCUACGAGCCCCCCCUCUACGAGGAGCCCCCCAUGGAAUACCAAGCCCCCAUCUACGACGAGCCCCCCGUGGACAUGCAGUACGAGGCCAGCGGGAGCUACAAAGCUGCUUCCCCCCAGAAGUCGCCCAUCAGGAAGCCUCACCCUUUCUUGCAGUCGCCCAAGCAGAGCUCCAACUCGCCCUACCAGCAGCUGGUGCUCACCAAGCAGAAAUGUCCCGACCGCUUCAUGAGCUUGGAGUACAGCCCUGCCGGCAAAGAGUACGUCAGGCAGCUGGUCUACGUGGAGCAGUCGGGCUCCAGCCCCAAGAUGAAGACGGGUUUGAGGCACAAAUACUCCCCCAACCCCAUCGGGGGUUCCUACUCGCUCCAGCACAGCCCCUGCCUGGUGCGGGACCAACGCUUGGAGAUCAAAUCAGGUGACUACAGCAGCAUGGAGGGACCCGACUUCUGCCCCGGCCCAGCUGGCAGCCAGGUGGCCCCGGGGGGUGAGGACUCCAUGUCGUGGUCCAGCCAACAGGACACCUUGUCCUCCACCGGCUACUCGCCCUCCACCAGGAAGAGGAAGAGCCGGAAGCCUUCCCUGCCCCACGAUCCCAACGCCUCCUCCACCGACGGCUCGGGGGACAGGGAGGUGCUGGGCGAGCAGGUGCUGGGUGAGGAACGGGCCACCCCGGGAGCCAACCGGUCCCCCGGGAGCCGGACGGACGGCAAGGCGGCGGAGGCGGAGGUGGGGAGGGGGUACCCCGAGCCCUUCCUGGCCCAGGCACGCCUGGCUUGGGAAGCCCAGCAGGCCCAUUACCACAUGAAGCAACGGAGCAGCUGGGACUCCCAAAAGGACGGGUCGGGCUACGAGAGUGACGGGGCCCUCCCCUUGCCCAUGCCAGGCCCGGUGGUGAGAGCUUUCAGUGAGGACGAGGCCUUGGCACAGCAGGAGAACAAGCACUGGAAGAGGAACACCUUUGAGAAGCUGGGCUUCCCUCAGAUCCUCCUGGAGAAGAGCGUCUCGGUGCAGACCAACCUGGCCUCCCCGGAGCCCUACCUCCAUCCAUCGCAGUCAGAGGACCUCGGUGCCUGCGCCCAGUUCGAGAGCAGCCGACAGACCAGGAACAUGAUGCCCAGCGCCAGCUGCGUCUUCCCCACCUUCAACCUGCGGAAACCCUCCUCGGAGACGGACAUUGAGAACUGGGCCUCCAAGCACUUCAACAAGCACACCCAGGGGCUCUUCCGGAGGAAGGUGUCCAUCGCCAACAUGCUGGCCUGGAGCAGCGAGUCCAUCAAGAAACCCAUGAUCAUGACCAACGACCGCAACGUCAAGAAGGAGGCGUGUGAGAUCUUUAAACUGAUUCAGAUGUACAUGGGCGACCGGCGGGCCAAGACGGACCAGCUCAACGUGGCUUUGGAGAUUGCCACCAAAGGUUGGAGCAUGCAGGGCUUGAGAGACGAGCUCUACAUCCAACUGUGCCGCCAGACCACCGAGAACUUCCGUUACGAGAGCCUGGCCCGGGGCUGGGAGCUCAUGGCCAUUUGUUUGGCCUUUUUCCCACCCACUCCCAAGUUUCAUUCCUACCUUGAAGGCUACAUCUACAGGCACAUGGAUCCAGUGAAUGACACAAAAGUGACCCGGCACAUCCAGGCCCUCCUGGAAAGGACCAAUCAGAAGAAGCCCAAAUUGCGCAAGAAGCCCAAGCCCCACCUUGAGGAGCACCAGGGGGUGGCCAUCAGCACUUACGCCAAGUACUGCUACAACAAGCUGCAGAAGGCGGCACUGACGGGAGCCAAGAAGGGGCUGAAGAAGCCCAACAUCGAGGAGAUCCGUCACGCCAAGAACGCCGUCUUCAACCCCUCCAUGUUUGGCAGCUCCUUGCAGGACAUCGUGGCGCUGCAGAAGGAGCGUUACCCUGACCGGCAGCUGCCCUGGGUGCAGACCCGCCUCUCUGAGGAGGUCCUGGCCCUCAACGGGGACCAAACCGAGGGCAUCUUCAGAGUCCCCGGCGACAUUGACGAGGUCAACGCCCUCAAGCUGCAGGUGGACCAGUGGAAGAUCCCCACCGGCCUGGAGGAUCCCCACGUCCCCGCCUCCUUGCUGAAGCUCUGGUACCGGGAGCUGGAGGAGCCCUUGAUCCCUCACGAGUUCUACGAGCAGUGCAUCACCCACUACGAGAACCCCGAGGCGGCCAUCGCCGUUGUCCACUCUCUGCCCAGGAUCAACAAAAUGGUGCUGUGCUACCUCAUCCGCUUCCUGCAGGUGUUCGUGCAGCCGGCCAACGUGGCGGUCACCAAGAUGGACGUCAACAACCUGGCCAUGGUGAUGGCCCCCAACUGCCUGCGCUGCCAGUCAGACGACCCCCGGAUCAUCUUCGAGAACACCCGCAAGGAGAUGUCCUUCAUCCGGGUGCUCAUCCAGCACCUUGACACCAGCUUCAUGGAGGGCCUCUACAUGGAGGAAUUCUCCAUGGCCAACUCUCCAUGA